GGCACAGCCCUCCAUGGCACGCACCCGCCGUCGCGAGACCUUUGCAAGCUACAUUUACAAGGUGUUGAAGCAGGUCCAUCCGGAUGCAGGCAUCUCCAAGCAAGGCAUGACGAUGGUCAACGCGUUUGUGUUUGACACCCUGCGGCAGAUCGUGGAGCUCGCCAGCAGAAUCAUGCCCAUGAUGGGCAAGACUACUGUUUCGUCGCGCGAGAUCCAGACGGCAGUCAGGAUUGUCAUCCAGGGUGAGCUGACCAAGCAUGCCGUUGCUGAAGGCUGCAAGGCUGUGACCAAGUUCUCAGGCUCUGGCUCUGGAUACCGGUCGACAACGCGCUCGACUCGCGCCGGCCUGCAGUUCCCGGUCGGCCGCAUCCACCGGUACAUGCGGGCGAUAGUCAUCGGCCGGGUCAGCGGCAGCGCACCGGUCUACCUCGCGGCCGUCCUCGAAUACUUGGUUGCCGAGAUCGUCGAGCUGUCGGGCAACGCCGCCAGAGCUGCCGGCCGAAUGCGGAUCACGCCGAUCGACCUCGAGACCGCCAUCGGCGCCGACGCCGAGCUCGCCGCCCUCGUCGGCAACUCGCUUGUGCUGCGCAAGACUUGGAAGUCGGUGGCGCAAGGCGGUGACGCGAGCGACAAGCCGUGCGCCUCGUCUACCACCGCCAAGCCACCCAAGGGCUUCACCACUCCGGCGGGCGCCGCGGUCGCCGCGCUCAAGCUCUCGCGUGACUCGGCCCGCAUCGAGCACUUUACGCUCGGGCUCUACGAUGACGUCCGCGAGCGGCUCACCACCCGCCUCAACACGCUUCUCGGCGUAGUCCGAAUCCUCGUCGAGUACCGCCGGAAGAAGACUAUUUCCCAGGAGGAUGUCAUUCUCGCCCACAUGUUUGUUGAGGGCUCGGUCCCGUACCUCCGCUUUGAGCCCAAUGCUGUGACCAAGCAGCUGCCGCCUUCGGGUCUGCCCACAGCCUACGCCUCAGACACAUUCAUCGAUCCAGAAGCGCUGAAGAGCAUCGUGAACGAGCUCGUCGCCAGUGCGCUUGACGACUUGUAUCUCAAGCUGAAGAUCAAGGCCGUCGCGAGGACGGCGCUCGUCGAAAUUGCCCACUCGUGGCUCGUCGCCGAGGAGGCCGAGGUGGCGCGGACAGCUCAGCAGGUCGCCCGCUCGCCGUCGCUCGCGGUGAUCUUUGACACCUUUGCCGAUGGCUCUGCCCAGACUAGCUCUGCCCGGCGAAACACCGAGCUUGUAGCCGAGAUCGACAGGCUCCGCGCAAAGGCGUCGACGCUCCCUGCCGCCACCGCUGCCCAAGUUGCCGAGUCUCUCCGACAGGUCAUGGCGAGCUUGCACUCUGACCAGUAA